UUCGCACGACACUUCUCCAGCCCCACGCUUUCUUCUUCUAUGAAGAGGAAAGUGAUGGACCGAGAAGUGCCGUGCCCUGGAUCUACUAACGCCGCUCAACAAAAGCAGGUAUCAGGGGGAAAAAAUCCUCCGUUCUGAGCAAAGCCUAGCCAAUGUGGGCUGGUCCAGUAAGUGACAGAGCUUGCUGGCUAAAAACAAAAGCCCUACCUAUUGACCCCACUCGCGCAAGGCACGUUCCCGCAAGGGAAAUGCUCUGUGCUUUCCACCUUCUCCUCUUCCUCCUCCUCCUCCUCCUCUACUACUUCUAUAUCUACUCUUUCCACCUCAACUCUAUACCAUUGUACUCCACCACUCUUGAGAUCGGAGAUCAUCUUCCACGCACGGGGAAUACCCCAAUCCAGACUCUGAGAGCAGCGAGUACAGCUCAGUACAAGCCAGUACGAAUCUCUACCGUUUCCCUCCUUGUCAAUGCAGACAUACCGAUAACGCAAGGACCGAAAGAGGACGGUGGCCUGUGGCUCGGUGUUUACUCCAGCCCAGUAAGUGACAGAGCUUGCUGGCUAAAGAACCACCGAAGAAGACAUUGGCCACAGCCCGUCCAACCUUGCGAUAAACCCGUCGUUGACAUAGUGACAUCAGCACUGGAUCUCAACACAGUCCAAUCCAUCCCGAAACCUCCGGGUGGAACCAUUUAUGUUCGAGGGGAAUAGGAACAGACGGGAAUCGGUUGGGAGGUCUGGAGUACUUACUCUUUGGGGGUACAGUACAGUGCCUCGUCAGGCUUAUGCAAUUCCCUUUGUCUCGAACUAUGGAUUAUAUACUACAAAUACUUCGGUCUCAACUGGUUAUGAUUUCUUUUCUUGUGUCUCACACGCCAGGUUAACGGUGUGAAGUUCCAUUUAC